GGCGAUGUGUCUGCUCUAGUAGCAGCGCGCACUUGCAGGCGCUAAUUUUUGACAUGUUCGUAGCUAUUGGGAUGAUCAUUGCUAUGUAUGACACAGUACCGUCGUGAGCAAUGAGAGUAACAAAGAAUGCCGUGUCCCAGUACCCCUCGCCCGUCUAGUCAUUUCUGUAAUUUGGCCGCGCCGUUUCGAAGUUUAGUUCCACCGGCAAAUAUGCAUUGUAGACCUUUUGGCGUAGAUAUGCGAUAGUUCGUGAUUGUGACCACUGUUUAUAUGCGUUUACGUUUUAACGAUGUGAUAUUCGAGCGACCGGCUCGUAAUCACUAGGAAAUGUUUACUUAAAGCGCGGUUACUGUAGUCAGCUUGUCGCGAUUUGGUUGAAAAGCGGAACUUCCUAAACACACUUUGGCGCCGAUUCAGCAGCUUAACAGAGAGGCGUUUAGCUUCUGAGACAAGAUCGCUACCAUGGCCAACCGUGAGGAAGCAAGCUCCAGCAAACUGCCCGACGAAGAAGCUGCUGCUCCAGCGAAGGUCGAUACAGUCGUUCUAUGGAUGAGCUCCGAGAACUGCGCGCUGCGGCGCGCCCCUCUAAGUCAUGAAGAGAUUGGCAAUCUCUGCGUUGUGUGCACAUCCUGUGGGUCCCAGAUCAAUCACCAUGAUAAGAGCAGGGUCCACUUUCACAGGCUCCUCAAUGUCCUUGUCUGUAAGCGGUGCUUCAGGUUCUACGGGGACGGUCAGUUCAAAAAGGACGACAGUGGCACCGACGAGUACUGUUCCUGGUGCGCCGAAGGGGGAAGCCUGCUUGUGUGUGACAAAUGCACCCGCGCUUUUUGCAAGAAUUGCAUUCGCCGUAACCUGUCACGACGAGAGAUGACCCGGGUCAGUUCUCUGAAGGAGUGGCACUGCUAUGUAUGCGAUCCAGCACCGCUUGUGCCAAUGGUCAACUACGCCAAGAUGAUUGGCAAUUACAGUCGCCAAUUGGCGAACAGCACGUCAGCGGGCACUUCCGACGCCGGUGGGUCAAUGAAGCUCAGCGAAGCGGAGGUGCAGAAACUGGCCUUAGAAAAAGCUAUGGAGCUUCAGCGGUCACUCUCCACAUUGGCGACCUCUGGCGGGCAAGAGGAACUUUUGGCAAGCAUGAGCAAGCUGCUCCGGGACCACGCCCGCAGCUUGUCCCGCAUUGCCCAAAGUGCAGAGGAAUGCCAGAAGCGCAAGAUGAAAUCCCGGAAGAAGAAAGCAGAACAGAAGGGGGCUAAUGAGGGUCAGGAGUCAUCUGCAUCGGUGGACUCCCAGCCUAGUAAUGCCACAAAACGAGCCAAGAACAAGAAGCUGCUUGUGCUGGACGAAGUAGGUGCCCACUUUAGCAGCUCCGACCAAGAGGGCCCGAGUACCAAGCGAUAUGAACACAGCAAAGGAGGCGACGAAUUGGAUGCAAAGUCUGAUGCCCACAGUGCAAUAGUCAACAGUGCGGCAGAAACGGCGAGUGCUCCAUUGACUGAAGUAGCAGCUGAUAGCACACCACAUAAGCAGUACAAAAAUGCAACUAAACUGGAGCCAAAGUCUAAUGCUCGCAGCACUAAAGACAGCAGUGAUACAGGAAAGUUAAGUACACUGCAGGCUGAUGGAGCACACAGUUCAGGUGCUGAGCCUACGAAAGAUGCUGGAAAUGAUUGUCAUAAGUCUGCCUUGUUAAUAUCUGAGGGGCAGGUUGCGGAUAAAAAGCCCAUUGACCUGGAAGAGUGCGACAGUCUUAGUCGUGUGAAAAAGUUGCAUUCGCCAUCAAAUACAGGAGGAGGUGCUAUUUCCGUUGAUGACACUGAAAGCGACGUUGGCUGUUCUGUAAAGGAGGUUGCUGAUAAUGACGUUAAGGAAGAGACAUUGGCACAGAAGCUAGAAAAUAACAAGAAGGAGGAUGCAGCACCUGCUCCCAUAGACAUUCCACCGGUUCUAAGCCUGGGUGAUGAAUUUUCACCAGUGGUGUUAAAUGACGAAAGUGAGAAUGAGUCGGAGAGCCUUCUUGCCGACUUGUUCGCGAAGCGUAAGAAUGAUGCGGAUAAAUCAGAGAUUAUACCUGAAACACCUCCUAAGAAAGAAGAAGAGUUGAAGGCUGCAGAUGAACAGGCAGAACAAGACCCUGGAGAACUCCCAGCAGAUGCUAGACGUCGUGAAUCUGUUAGCACUGUUGACAUGAGUUCAAGCAACGAAGACAGUAUUAAGAUAGGUAAAGUAGCAAGAAAAGUGAAAAAGAGUGCAGGGAAGGCAAGCGUUAGCAGUGCCGACUCUGUGGACGAAGACAGUCGAGCAACUGAAAGCUUCCCAAGUUCCGGGGAAGGUGAAAACAAGCAGUCAUCGCCACAGAAAUCGGUUCGACAGAAAAAGCGCACCCCAUUGAGCAAAGAUGCGAAAGCCCGCCGUGCCUUGAUCCGAAGCUUGCACUACACUAGCAAGUCGUCGAGCGAGGAUGAACUUGACGAUCCUUCAACGAGCACGCCUCGUACUCCGAAACACAGGUCUCCGAGGAAGAGGCGUCGCACGUCUAGCGGCUCGGCUGCGCAGUUGAGUGAAUCGGCUAGCAAGUGCCUGGAAAGGGCUUCCGAGAAAUAUGGUGAUCCGAAACUGGAGAUGACUGCAUCUGUCGAAGUGCAGCGACUCGACAUUGACCCCGCCAUAAUUGCCGCGGCAAAGAUGGAAAUUGAAGGAAACGUGGAUCACGUGGAAAACGUGGAUGACGAAGAAAAAGAAAUUGCUAGACUUCUUGCCCCGAUUAGGAUACGCCGAAAGGUCCCAGAUAAUGAGGAAUCUGACGCUGAGAUGGAAGAAGCACCUGAAAGCGGAAUGAAGGAAGGUGAAGAUAAAAAAAAGAAGCUGAGAGGUCCCAAAAGCAAAAAGAAAGCUGCAGCGAGCAAGGAAAUAGUGUCGGACUCAAGCGAAGACGCUGACGAGGACGACGCGGAGGUGGCAAGUGGGGGUGCCAGGGAAAUUCCUGGAACAUCAUUCACGAUGUCAGAGAAUACUACCCAAAAAGACUCGCUGCAAGAGACCUUGCUCCAGAGAAUCCUGCGCAGCACUUCCGAAGAAUCCAGCGAAGAUGAAACCGUGGAACCAGAGCAGCGCAAAAAACGCAAGAAAGAAGAAAAGGAAGACAAAUCAGAAGAGGCCAAGGCCAAGGCCACUGAAGCACCAGUGGUGGAGACAACGGAGAAGGCGUCUGAGAAAGAGGGCAGUGCUGGCAGCUCUUCAGAAGAAAUUGUGAAGAAGAAGAAACCUGGAAAAUACGACAAGCUCUUGCGAAAAAACGUGUUAGCAGAGCUUGACGAUCCCAAACCAAAGAAGGAAACGAGUAAGGAAUCUGACAAGGAGGAAGCAGCUACAAAGCCACAGAAAGCGAAAGCUUCAAAGAAAAGAAAAAUUGUGUACAGCGAUGAUGACGACUCUGCGGACAAGCAGCCUUCAAGCAGCUCGCUCGAAUCCUCCUCGAGUGACCAAAGUGAAUCGGAUAGCAGUGUAGGCUUUGCACCUGCCCGCAAGAAAAAGGGCAAAAAUGCAAAAAAGAUCGCCAAAGCUGCAUCAGAUGACUCUGACUUUGCAGAAGGCAAGUCUAAGAAGGGGGGCGCCUCAUCAUCUUCAGAUGCGAACAAGCGGAAGAAGAAGCGAAAGCGCAUCAGGAUGGCUUGCUCCACGGCUGACGAGAAUGAAGACGACGAUGACAGCUGCGUGGAGAUAAUCCCUGGCUCUAGCCAAGAAGCAGAUGGCAAAGGUCGUCGGAACAUUCGCAAGCUCAUCUCUGACAGGAAGCUUACCGAGGAGACUAAGGCUGCUGCACUGGCCGAAGAGGAGAGGAAGAAGCGCAUAGCAGAACGGCAGAAGCUGUAUAACGAGGCCUUGGGAACUGGACCCAACAAGGCCGACACGAAAGUGAAGCAGCUGGUGCUUGAAAUGGACCUGAAGACAAAGGAACCAGUUGUGGCGGUUGACGAAGACCUUGUCAAGUCCAUGAAGCCUCACCAAGUCAAAGGUGUCAAAUUUAUGUACGAAUGUGUGAUUGAAUCACUGGAGAUGCUGAAGAAGGACCCUACAAAAGGAUCAGGUUGCAUUCUGGCCCAUUGCAUGGGUCUGGGGAAAACAUUUCAGGUGAUAUCUUUCCUUCACACCGUGAUGACCCACAAAGUGUCUGGGCCGCUGCUUCGCACGGCCCUGGUCGUGUGCCCAUACAACACCGUCCUGAAUUGGGCAAAUGAAUUUGAGCAGUGGUUGGACGGAAUUGAUCAUGGCCUGAAGAUAUACGAGACAUCUGCCAUCAAAGUGAAUAGCGUUAGGCUGGAGGUUCUGGAGAGAUGGCACAGGAAGGGUGGUGUGGCUAUCAUUGGUUAUGACAUGUUUCGUCGACUUGUCAACACAAAAGGCAAAGGCAGGAAACUUCAGGAGGGCUUUAGGCGAGUGCUGCUUGAUCCAGGACCAAGCUUGGUGGUGUGUGACGAAGGACAUGUGUUGAAGAAUGAUGCCACUGGCCUGUCCAAGGCAAUGAGUGAAUUGAAGACUGGCCGGAGGAUUGUGCUGACUGGAACCCCCUUGCAGAACAACCUGCAAGAGUAUCACUGUAUGGUGAGCUUUGUUAAGCCAGGUCUUCUAGGAACAAAGAGAGAGUUCCUGAACCGAUUUGUGAACCCUAUUGCCAAUGGAGCGUGCGCAGACUCAACAAUCCAGGAUGUAAAGCUGAUGAAGAAAAGGGUCCACAUCCUCCAUCGCCUUCUAGACGGAUGUGUGCAGCGCUGUGAUUACAGUGCCCUGGCUCCAUUCCUGCCACCCAAGUGCGAGUACGUGAUCAGCGUGCGGCUGUCAGAGGUGCAGGUGGCACUGUACCGGCACUUCUUGGAGCACCUUGCACGUGGCCGCCAAAAACAGCCUGGAGCUGGCACGUCACUAUUCUGGGACUUCAACAUGCUGCGCAACAUCUGGACGCACCCAAUGCUGCUCGAGUUGAGCGCUGAGAGGCUUGCUAAAAAGGAACUUCUCAAGGACGACGAGAGUGACAUGGCCUCCUUCAUUGACGAUGGGUCCGUGUCAGAAAAGAGCUCCUCGGAAUCGAAUGACAAUGAUGCCGUCAUCUGUUUGGAUGAUGACGAGGGACCCAAGACAAGAUCACAGAGGAGGGCAAAACAAAAGGAUAACAGUGACAAGGAUGACAAAGACGGAAAAAAUGCCAAAGAUGACGGAAGCAGUGAUGACGAAGUUAUAUCAACAUGGCAGACAAGAAGUCGAGGUAAUCCAGAUGAACGGCCACCCACACCACCAAGGCAAGAGAAGAAGGAAUGGUGGGACCAGUACAUUUCUGAAGAGGACAUGGAGAAGCUGCAGAUCAGUGGGAAAAUGAGUCUGCUGUACAAUAUCCUCCAGGAAUGCGAUGCCAUUGGUGACAAAGUGUUACUGUUCAGCCAAAGCCUGUUGACCCUCGACAUGGUGGAGAGGCUACUCGAGCACUGUGACGAACGAGCGGCCGCUGUGGAUCCCGAUACGGCACUCGUGGAUCCCACAGACCCGUUGCGUGACUGCCACAACACAUGGGUGCGGGGCAUCGACUACUUCCGCAUGGACGGCUCAACGUCGGUAGACUUGCGUGCACGCUGGAUUGAAAUGUUCAACGACGAAGAGAACCCUCGCGGCCGCCUGUUCCUCAUCUCGACAAAGGCGGGUUCACUGGGAACCAACCUUGUGGGGGCCAACCGUGUGGUGCUCAUGGAUGCCUCCUGGAACCCCACACAUGACAUUCAGGCCAUUUUUCGUGUGUAUCGAUUUGGCCAGAAGAAACCAGUCUUCAUCUACCGCAUGCUUGCACAGGGAACAAUGGAGGAGAAGAUCUAUGAUCGUCAGGUGACCAAGCAGUCCCUGUCGUGCCGCGUGGUGGAUGAGCAGCAGAUAGAGCGCCACUUCAAUGCGGCCGACCUCCUAGAGCUCUACAACUUCACUCCUGACAGCAAGAGCAAUCGACCUACACCCAUGGUGCCUAAGGACCGGCUCCUUGCAGAGCUGUUGAUUCGCAACAAGGACUGGAUUGUGUCCUACCACGAGCAUGACUCCUUGCUCCAGAACAUCACUUCGGAAGAACUCACUGAAGAGGAGCGCAAGCUUGCAUGGGAAGAGUAUAAGGACGAGCGCGAGGGACGAAUCAACACCAACCUCGCCGACUUGCCAACGAAUAUCCCUUCAGAGGGUACCGGGCAGUCCUUCAGGCUCUCGCUGGACCUCAGUAAGAUGAUUGCUGACAUUAAAGUCAAGUUCCCAUACUUGACGCCUAUUCAACUUGUUGAUCAGCUAAGGAGGGUUCUGCUUGCCUACCGUCAAGAGUUCCAGCAGCGGCAAAUGAGUGCAUUUGAGAAAAGAACCAUGUUCCUCAAGUCAAAGCAGCCAAUACCAAACGAAGUCAUUAUUCAACUUACGGAAUCGGGCAUGGCCAUUCAACAGUUGAACCAGGUCCUUGCUAAACUUCAAGGACUUGGAGCGCAGCAGCAGCAAGAGACGCCACAACAGCAGUACUAUCGUCAGCGGGCUUACCAGCAGCAACAGGCACAAGCUCAGGCACAAGCACAGGCCCAGGCACAGGCCCAGGCACAGGCACGUGCUCAAUUUGCACAGCAGCAGGCACGCUACCAGUUCCAGCAGCAACAACAGAGAAUGCCACAAGCGGGGGUACACAUUCCACAGGCACAACAGAUCUAUACCAACGCUUACAAUUUCUGCAUCAGACGUGGGGCCAGCCCUGCAACGGCAAAUAGCUAUGCUUUGAACCAGCAGCGGAUGGCCUUCCAACAGCUGCUCAUGCAGCAAAUGGGCAACAAUGUCCCACCACAGAGUGUGGUGAUCUCCGAAGUAGAGGAUGACGGGCAGGCUGCAGGCUCGUCGUCAGUCUUCCGGCACGCGACAGCCAGCGUCGUCAUCAGUUGUGAUCACGGAGAUCAUCGACUGAGGCUCUUACUGUGUCCUUCUCACGGACCCUUGCUGAGCUUAGAAUUUGCCACCAGCACUGGCUGCAAGGAGGCCAGUGAGGUUGCCACUGCUGUGCAGUGACACUGGUGACUUUCUGAACUGAAAUUUUGCGUAUAUAAUAUUUUUUUGUUCAUUUAUGGGGUUGACAGUCAAAACUACUGCACGUAGGCUUUCAUGUCUGGUGUAACCGUCGUAUCAAAUGUUAAGGUUGGUCUUGUUACUGUGACAAACAUCGGGGGCUGUAAUUCAGUAAGACAUUGUAACUUAUUUGUUGCUUGAUCAGUUGCGUGGCCGGCAAUUCAUCAAAUGUACUACAUUUUAGGGUCUUGUUCAUGUGGUAAAGACAGCAAAAAUCAGUGCCAUUAUUGUAACUUCUGAUGCAUUAUUUUAAAAGUAUCGUUCGCAAAUGGUGUUGCAGAUGUAGAAAUGUAAGCUUUUCCUUGAGCAGUGGAAAGUACAGCUGAAAAAAUGGCAGCAAUGACGACGUUUAACUCCCUUUUUCAUUGCUUAACUGUACAACUGUUUUCCAUUACACUAUGUCACCAACUCGAGCAAAUGUACCAUAUUCCUCGACAUGACAAGUUUAUGCAUACAGACUGUCCCGUAAUGCCAGAGACCACUUUUGCUGUAGUAUGCUCGUGACCUCUUGCAGUGAUGUGCUGGGGCAUUGAGUGCCAUUCUUUAAGAACAAUUGUCAUUGCAUUGCACUGAACAAAAUUGUAAUACUUCAUUGAUGCUUUGGGAGCAGAUAUUGGCUGCACCAUUCAAACCAACACCUGGUCUCCAUUCACUUGUUUCUUGUAUUGGGUUCAUUAUUUUUGUCAUUGUAUUCUUAUUUUAUCCCCUUAUGUUGCCAAGAGAUAAUACACAUGCUGCAAUUGUGAGCACGGGGUUUGGAAAUAACCCCAUUCCUGCAUUUCAUUUUUUUUCUUUUUGCGUGUUUCAGCACCUUGUUGAAUGGCCCAAAAAGCAUAAAAAAGUAUGAGCACGACUUUCCCUCGCACAUUUUGGUAUAUUGUAUUUAUGAAAGAUGUGAAAUUAGCUUUUUUUCUCGCAGAGUGCAGUGUUGCUACAAAACCUUAGAGCCAUACAUGGUUGUUGAGAUUUUGGGUGCAGUAACACCACAAGCUGCAGUGGGUGUAUGAAAGUAUCUUGUAAAGUUGAACUUGUCAGCUUUGUUUUAAUUGGUUGUUCAUGGUUAUAUAAAGUUUUCGCUUCUUCUCUUUAUAAUUAUAGUUUGCAUAAGCUUAUGCACUGUGUGCUUGUAUAAAUUUAAAGUUGUGCUAUUGAUGCAUCCUGGAUAGAUGCAUUUCAAGCACAGUUGACACCCUAAAGCAGGGAAAAUUAUAAUUUCUUGACCUUGCUAGGUCUGCUGAUAGGGGUCCUGUACAUUUUUAGUCAUUUUUUAUUGCUAUCGUGUUCCUUUAGGUCAGUCAUGACUCGGUGACUACUGUAUCUUAUGUGUACAGCUAGUGUGUGUUCAUAUGAAAGUAAAAAAAAAAAAUGUGAUGGUGGCUGCAUGUAUUAAGGUUUCUACACUUCUUUUUUUUUUUUUUUUCCAGCUCACAUGCUGCUACCUUUCCUACAUUUAAGGAGCAUGUGUACAGUCUGACAGUCAAUUCUCAUAUGCAUAUGCUGGAACAAUUCUGCAUAUCUCUGUUCAGCAGCUUUUACCAUGUCAUAAAAGUGUUUUCAUGA